CUUCUCAAAAUGUACAAUGAAUGCAUAAAUUAGAAUGUUUUUUUUUGUUGUUGUUAUAACAUGCAAUCUCAUCAAUUGAGUUCAACUGAAACCAAGAGUACAUCUCGAUCGUACUAUUGCUGUAACUGACAACCUUGUUGGUUUCGGAGACAGAUCCAGCAAAACCAGAGUUUCUCUUCGGAUCCACUUUAUACCAGUGAAAUAAUUAGUGAUUGCAAUAUUGUUUUGAGCCGCGUUUAAUCCUACUAAUAAGAGGAAAAGUUAUUACGGUUUCAGCUUCCGAAAAUUGAGAUACACUUGAAAACUUGAAUACUACCCGUCUAAGCCUAUGGCUGGUUUAAAACAAUUGGGUGUCGAUGGAUUUUGAUGUAAAUUGAUCUGAGAAUGGAGUUUCCAUUGUCAUGUCAAAGUGCCUAAACACCUCUGACUUGAGACAUAUUUACACUUCGAUCUGUGUUUCACUUCUGACGUUCUGCUUCCUUCGUUAAUGAAUCAUACAAGACAAGAAGCUUGCUGCGGAAAAGAUAAGUGAAAUUAUUCUUCUGUUAUUGCCAAACCAAAUCGAAAACUUGACUUCCUCGCCGAGAAAUUGGAUCCAAAUGAGUGGCUAAAUGACGUCCCUUUAUACUCUAAAGCAAAACGGGAGCGCUUCAACGCAAUUCUUGAUCACCGACGGAGAAAACGCAAAUCAGGGCAAAAAUACCAAAGAACAUUUACCACCCUUGAGUUUAAAUGCGCCAGUUUUCAAUGGAGAAUUCAAUUCCCAAGCAGGAGAACUUACCCCUGGAAUAUCUCAAGCGAAAUCCGUGGAAAAUGGUAACUAUCUUCAACGAAGCUUCAGUCUUGAGAGUUCAAGAGUUACUCCUCGUUCGGAGAGAAUUUCAUCUUCGUCAAUAGCUACACCCGGCCCAUACACACCAUUUCCUGGAUUUCAAAUUCCAACUGAAACAAUUAUUCCAAUAGAAGAUUCUGCGACUACGGCCAAGCGAAAAAAAGGAAUAUCGGCACAAGAAGCGAUUCCAGUAUUACCGCGCGCGGCCGCCAUAGUUUGUCUAAUUUUGAACAUUGUCAUUCCAGGUUCAGGGACAGUUAUAUCUGGUCUGAUAGCUUUCUUCCUCACUCGACGAGACAUGUCACUUAAGGACCGCACCUCCAUUCUGUGCGUCAAUUGUUUUGUGGGAAUCAUGCAACUGUCAACCAUUGUCUUUCUUAUGAUUGGUUGGAUAUGGAGUAUAGCCUGGGGCUGUGCAUUUGUAGGGCUUUCUGAGCGCUACGGAAAAGAAAUUGAAAAGGUGGAUGGAAGUGAAUUUGUUGCGUGACCUGUGCGCGAUUUUUAUGGAGCUGAAACUGCUGCGUUACCGCAUGGUGGUGAAUUUGUUGUAUGGUUAGUCUCGAGUUAGACUUGCUGCUUUUUAAAACGGAUGAAGGAUUGGAUAGUCUAUCCUUAAUAGUUUUGGUUUUUAAUUAUUUGCGCGACUGUCUUGUCACGCAAUCAAUUCACUAUUCGCUGGUGACGCACAGUCGUCGAGUUGAAUCUGACGUCAUAGUCCAGGGUUGGACCCUGAUGUCAAUUUCGUGUAGCGUGUUAUGAAAGUCAGGCUAUGUAGUUGAUUGGUAACCAGUGAACAGACUGGACACACUUUCCUCACUCUAAGCCGUAGUAAAAUGUCGUGCGCGUGCUCAGCAGGACACUGCUCAGUAGGACCCAGAGUCUUCGUUCCCCUUGACCAGUGGUCGAGAAACGAGCAAAGCCGGAAAGAUUCGAUUUGAAGUCCGAAAAUAUCGGACUUCCGGUUGAAUUGCGCAUGCCUAGCUGACAAACACGAGGCUUAAUCGAGAUGCUAGUACUUUAUAUUUCCAUUGCUUUUGAAAUCAAAAUCGAUUGUUUCUUCAAGCUUGCGAGGAACGAAGACUCGAGUAGAUAACUUUCUCAAUGAUGCCCUGUACUACAGAGUCUCCGAUUGGUUGUUAGUUUGUAAAUAUUUGCCUGUCAUGGAGAAGUUAUUUUAGCCUACCAAACAUAAGCAUGUCUACUUACUACACUGAGGCAAAACCUUCACAAUUUUUAACAAAACUGUACAUAUACACCCGGAGUGCUUUGUUGAUGCCUUCUAAUUAUCAAUGAAGACUCAUUUCGUAAAACAUUUUAUUGCUAAUAAGGUUGAAGCAUUCCUUUGAAGAUAGGAAGUUUGCUAUGCCUCAAAACGGAAAUAAAAUUUGAUGUUUUGUAGUGA